AUGGAUCCAAUUUACAAUGAGGCACAAAAGCUCUUCCUCUGCAAAGAAAAUGUCAUUGUGGUAUUAGAUGACCUGGUAGACAACAGCGAUUCAAAGAAGAAUGACAUAGUUAAAAGUCAGCCAAAAAUAAAUGAAUAUUCCUGUGAUCUCCUCCUUAUCAGCGAGAAGAAGAAACAAGCAUUUAUCACUGGAGGAUCUGAUCUACAAUUGAAAGAAAAGCCUUUAUCAGACCUUAGAGCCAAACUAAAUUACAUCAAGAAGAUCAUGGACGCAGACAUAGAGGAUAAUACUGGAAAUGCUGAAGGGAAAGGAAGGAAAGAAACAACAACAGCCCAAACAAAUCAGAUUAAUCCUGAUGAAGAAAAUAACACCAACAAAAAUGAAGGCGUAUGGAGUUUUUUUUGUUGUUUCAAAAGAAAUGAAGUGCUAAAUCAGUCGAACAAACAAGAACAUCUGGUGAAGACUUUCACAACUGAAUCAAGGGGGCAGAAUGUUUAUACCACAAAUGCACCUGGAGCUACAGGCCUACCAUCAGAAGCAAAUGUGACACAUGUACAUGGCAUGGGGCCAGAUGAGAAUCCAUCUACAAAUUUAGCCAACUGUGUGGAGCAAGGGAUGGAGACAGACACGAUUCCUACUGCUACAGUAUCAUCACAAAUUAGGGAGCAGGAGAAGGAUGAUGCAAAGAUUUUUACAACUAAUGCCACUACGCACACACCAUUACCAUUCAAAAUCAUGUGGGAGUCACAGGCUGAUAAAACCUCUAUGUAUCAUGGCAAAGAGAUUGGCACUGACUCAGAUAAUUCUUUACUAUUGUCACAAAAUGAGGAGCAGGAGAAGAAGAAUGAUACACCCACCAUUACCAACCACAGUCAAGUUGACCCACCAUCUGAAACUUCAAAUCCAUUUUCACCAACCAAUAUGGGGCAAAAACAAGAGCAAGGAAGGGGGGCGGACAAAAAUAAAACUGCAACUUCUGUAUCAUCAGAAAAUGAGGAGCAAGAGAAGAAGAAUGAUACACCCACCAUAACCAACCUCAGUCAAGUUGACCCACCAUCUGAAACUACAAACCCAUUUUCACCAAACAAUGUAGAUCAAAAACAAGAGCAAGGGAAGGGAGCUGACAAAAAUCAAACUGCAACUUCUCUAUCAUCACAAAAUGAAGAGCAAGAGAAGAAAAAUGAUACACCCACCAUAACCAACCUCAGUCAAGUUAACCCACCACCUGAAACUUCAAACCCAUUUUCACCAACCAAUGUAGAGCAAAAACAAGAGCAAGGGAAGGGGGCUGACAAAAAUCAAACUGCAACUUCUCUAUCAUCACAAAAUAAGGAGCAAGAGAAGAAGAAUGAUACACCCACCAUAACCAACCUCAGUCAAGUUAACCCACCAUCUGAAACUUCAAACCCAUUUUCUCAACCAAUGUAGAGCAAAAACAAGAGCAAGGGAAGGGGGCUGACAAAAAUCAAACUGCAACUUCUCUAUCAUCACAAAAUAAGGAGCAAGAGAAGAAGAAUGAUACACCCACCAUAACCAACCUCAGUCAAGUUAACCCACCAUCUGAAACUUCAAACCCAUUUUCACCAACCAAUGUAGAGCAAAAACAAGAGCAAGGGAAGGGGGCUGACAAAAAUCAAACUGCAACUUCUCUAUCAUCACAAAAUGAGGAGCAAGAGAAGAAGAAUGAUACACCCACCAUUACUAACCACAGUCAAGUUUACCCACCAUCUGACACUUGAAAACCUUCAUCACCAACCAAUGAAGAGCAAGAAGAAGAACAGUAAGGGAAAGGGACUGACACAAGAGAAGCUGGUGGCAGAAACAGCAGUGAUAAAAAAAGCUUCAUUUUAAACCCAACCCCUUUCACUGUACUUACACUGCACUAUGUAAAAAUAUGUUUUAUCUCAUUUAAAAUGUUAAGCAAAAUGGAAUGACGUAAUGCAUUAUCCAUAUUUAUUUGUUUCAUAUUUGUGCUAUGAUGAUUUAAAGUUUCUUAUGCCUUUGACUUUUAAUUCCAUUUACUACAUAACUUAACUUUUUAACUCUGCGUUCAAACUGACCAAGCAAACAGCUUCUCUACCUUGUUGGUAAGGUUCAUCUUCACAUGUUAUCAUGAAUCCAGUUUCAGAUUAGGGAUUUCUAUGGUAAAAAUCUAUUAUUUUUUUAAUCUGUGCACCUCUCCCAUUUGCUUAAACAGUAAUUUGGC